UUCUUACAGGCAACCGUGUAAUAUGUUUUCGCGGAAGACCGAAAUCGGAAAUUUGAAAGAAAAAAUAUUUUUAAGUAUAGUUACAGAAGUUUGCGCAACAAAACGAUGAAAUAGAAAUAUGGAAGAAAUACUGCAAGAGGUUAAAGCGUUUGACACAAAGACUUUACGUGAAAAACUAGCUGAAAAUGGGGUUAUUGUUGGUCCAAUUGCGCCAACCACCAUUUCCUUGUUUCAAAAGCGGCUCGCAAAUGAACUGUUUAGGAGACGAGGAGGUGUUAGAGAAGAGCAGACAAGUAAUGAAGCAGGGCCCUUGAAAGAAAAUGAAUCGACUUCUGUUGUCAAGAAAGACAAUGUGGUGUCUGAUGUUUACUAUGCUGUGUGUCUUCCAGAAAAUGUUGAACAAGAUAGUAACGAAGCUGACCAGUUGGUUUUUGCUGACAAAGAUUUAGCAUUGAAAACAGCAAAGAAAUAUACAGGGUCAAGGUUCAAGGUAUUCAAGUCAGAACAGGAUGCCAAAGUGUUUUCUAGAUUAACAGCUGAGUCAGCUUUUCAGUCACCCCGCAGACCAUCUAAGGAGGAUACACCAGUGAAGGAGGCAGCACCCCCGUCAGAAAGUUCACCAUUUAAAGGUCCCAAACUACAGGACCUUACUAAACUGAGGAAGGUUAUAGAGUCUGGUGAUGUUGAUACCUUCAGGGAGCAGGUCUGGGAUAAUCCACGCUUCUUAGUUAGCAGUGGGGACACCCCAGUCAUGUAUCAGGAAGGAUCUCGAUACACAGCGAUGCAUAUAGCAGCAAUCAAAAACAAACCGGAGAUCUGUCAGACAAUUCUCGACGUCCUGGAAAAUCCAGAGUUUGUUAACAAGCUUUACAGCCAGAGUAAACACUCGGAGGAAACACAGAAUAUUCGUAUCAACUUUCUCGUGGAUCUCUACUUAAAUAUGCCGGAUAAAGGGAGUUGUGAAUCACCACUACAUAUGGCAUGUAAAUACGGCCAUGAGAGAGUGGUGGAGGUGCUUGCCUCUCAUCCUAGAACAGACAAGCAACUGAAGAACAAAUGGGGAGAUACACCCAAAGAUCAAAUUUGUACAAGAUGUUCUGAUGCAUCUCAGUCUGUGAAGAAAAAAAUCGAAGAUCUUCUCCAAGGUCAGUGUUAUGUGCCAUUGAUGCGUUCAGAUGACAACACUGUAACCCCUGUGAUAGGUCAGCCGUGGUCACCAGACGUCAGUAAGUCUACAGAUAUGCCAAGAAUAACUAGCAGUCCUAGAGAUCCGUCAAUGUCUGUGAGGGCUUGUGCUGGGCCAAUGUCACCUUCUGAGGCUGGAUUAUUUCAUAAAAGAUGGACAACACCACCACUGGUGUCACAGAGUCCAGAUCAAGUCAGAGCUUACUUUAACACCAAGCGUAGUGACUGUGAGAAAGGUAUGGAGAGAAUUGGCAGGCAGCUGGCACAUGACCUUCAGGUGCCGUGGAGCGAGUAUUGGGAAUUUCUAGACCAGUUUAUUGAUCUGUCAACUUCUGCUGGACUAGGUAUGCUGGAAUACUAUUUGAAGAAAAGAGUUUGGUUAACUUUUGUUAAAGAUUUUAAAGAGAAGUUUGGUCUUAAUGAACAGGUGCUAGAUUUUAGUGGCCUAACAACUCCUGUAACAAACCGGUUACGUUCGAUCACUGGCGAGGAUGCAGAUAAGUCAUUUGACAGUGUGUUCUACGGAAACAAGGAUGUUUGUAAGAAUAGUACUGAUAAUAAGAAUAAAGAUAUUGGUAAUGAGACAAGAGGAACAAAAGAAGGUAGGCAGUGUAGUGAAAGAAAUGAAGAUCAAGGUGGUAAUAAUAUACUCAGUCCAGUGUCAGCACUUUCCAAUAGUUUUGCACAAUUGAAGCUAAUGGACGAAUCCUGGUCUGAUAAAGCAACAGUGGAUAGUUCACAAAAAUCUGUCACUGAUGAUGAAAAUUGUAACAGAUUAGAUGCUAUUGCUUCUGUUAGUGCUAAGGACAAUGCUGUUGAAGGUUCAGAUAGUGACAAACCCAAAAUAGAUGAGAAAAGUAAUGAAACAGUAAAUGAUAAUAAAGACAUGCUUAGUGAUAAAGUAAAAGAGCCUGUUGAUACUGAUAAAACUGUUGAAUCUUUGAGAGAGGCAGGUAAAGAUAAUAGAGAUCAAGAUGUUGUAGAGACAGAAAAAGUAGAUGAUGUUGUGAGGAAAAGGUUAUUGUCUGUUGGUUCUGAGUCAACUGCUUCCUACGAGACAGCCGUUGAAGAUGUAUCCGAUGGCAACAAAACUUAUUGUAGCCAGUUAUCGGAACCAGGAACAUUUCAUGUGAUAUUGAAUAUCAAGGAUUGUGCAAUAAUUACAACACUAAUAGAUUAUAUCAAAACCAGUGAUCUACACCAGCAAGAGAUGUCAGAUCAUUCAGCUGUUGAUUUUGUUGUGCAGUUCAAAGAUGUAAAUGGAGAUGGUGAAAUUAAGGUUAAUGUCGUAUCAAUUCCAAAAAUAGAAAGUGCCAAUAAGUUGUUGUUGUUAGAGGAUAUUGACGUAGAAUCAUGUGAUGGAGAUAUUAGCAAAGUACAGGAGGGAGAAAUUGUUGAGCUUGGAACCAGCAGUGGACAGGAAGGGAACCAGUCUAUAAUGGCAUACCUUACAAGAGCAGUUACUCUGCCUAAGACAAAAUACAUUUAUGGGCCUCAGCCAACCAGAGAAGAUUUGAAUGUUUCACGUGCACUCAGCUGUGUAACAAUAUCACCAGAGUUACAUCCAAAUGUAUUUCAUUGGAAGAUUAAUCUCAGCAGGUUCCUGAGAGACACCAACUAUAGAUGGCAGAGUCCAGCAAAGCUCCAGUCCAAACUACGUCAAGGGUCUCCACAGCCGUCCCCUCUAGGCAAGACGAGUCCAGUUAUACCAUACAGAAGUCCACUCAGUGGUCAACCAGCUAAUGUGAUAACUUCAGAUAUACGGACAAAAUUGUUCCCUUCUAUAAUAGAAUAGAACUAUUUAUAUUAGUUUCUUACAGAAAGAUUUUAAGUGUUACUUUAUACAACAGUCAGUAUAACAUGUAGAUCUGGAACUUGUGUUGGUUUAAUAAUGGUGCAAAUACAACAGUUAUCAUAUAAUUGAAAUAAUAAUGUCUGUUUUUAGCUCAUCUGUCACAUAGUGACAGGGUGAGCUUUUGUGAUUGCCCUUCGUCCGUCGUCGUCUGUCCACAAUUUCUUGUGAACACAAUAGAAACCACAUUUAAUCAAACUUGCUUACAACUUGUAUUGCCAUAAUAUCUUGGUUCCAUUCCAAAACUGGCCAGAUCCCAUCAUGGGUUCUGGAGUUAUGGCCCCUUAAAGGGCCAAAAUUUGCUGUUUUUGGCUUGUCAACACGAUUGAGACCACAAUUUCUUGUGAACACAAUAGAAACCACAUUUAAUCAAACUUGCACACAACUUGUGUUGGCAUAAUAUUCCGGUCCCUUUCGAAAACUGGUCAGAUCCCAUGAUGGGUUCUAGAGGUAUGGUCCCUUAAAGGGCCAAAAUUUGCUGUUUUGGCUUGCAGCCGUGUAGAGACUUCAUUUAUGGUUUGAUUUGAUACAAACUUUUAAAAUAUCUUUAACAACAAUAGAUUUUGGAUUCCAUGAUGAAUCUGUCAGAUCCAAUCAUGGGUUCCGAGUUACGGCCCCUGAUUGACCCCUGAAAGAGACAAAAUUUGUUAAUUUUUACCUUGUGAACUGGAUGGAAGUGACAUUUUACAUUUGAUUUUAACCACAUUUACACACAACUUAAGUCACUAUAAGAUCUUGGUUCCUUUUGAAAACCAGCUGGAUUUCUUCAUGGGUUCUAGAGUUACUGUCCCUGAAAGGUGCAAAAUUUUCUAUUCUGAACCUUUCAGCCAUAUACAGGUUUCAUUUAUGCAUUCAUCUAAUACAAAGUUGCACAAAUGUUUAUCUUGAUGAUCUCUAGGCCAAGUUUGAAGCUGGGUCAUGUGGGGUCAAAAACUAGGUCACCAGGUCAAAUCAAAGGAAAAUCUUGUUAACACCCUAGAGGCCACAUUUAUGAUCCUGUCUUCAUGAAACUUGGUCAGAAUGUUCAUCUUGAUGAUUCCUAGGUAAAGUUCGAAACUGGGUCAUGUGGGGUCAAAAACUAGGUCACCACACAAAUCAAAGGAAAAGCUUGAUAACACUGUAGAGGCCACAUUUAUGACCCUACCUUCAUGAAACUUAGUCAGAAUGUUUAUCGUGAUGAUUCAUAGGCCAAGUUUAACAGGUGAGCGAUAUAGGGUCAUCAUGACCCUCUUGUUUAAGUUUAUGAUUUUUCUGUUUGGAGUUGGCCAGUAUUCAGUGCUUUCAGCUCCUUUUUACCACCAUUUUAGCCAUAACUCUUGCACCAGUGUUUCAUGAAUAAUCCUCACUCUAUAUCAGUUAUUACUAAAUGGAUUUGAUCCAAAUUUAAAACAGUUGUUCCACAUCCUCACCCACGUUUGACACAAGGGCCAUAACUCUAGCACCAAUAUUUUAUAAAUUAUCCCCCUUUUUACUUAAAAUUUCAGUUUAAAGUUUUGAUGCACUUUCACUCUAUUGAUUGAAACUUAAUAUAACACAUCAUAUAUGACACAAGGGCCAUUACUCUUGCACCAAUAUUUCAUGAAUUAUACAACUUUUUCACUUAGAAUUUUAAUUUGAUUUUGAUGCUUUCUCACCAUAUCUCUGUUGUUACAGAAUGGAUUUGAUUCGAACUUGAAAUUAUUGUUCCACACAAUCACCCACACCAUAAGACACAAGGUCCACCAGUAUGUUAUGAGUUCAAAUGAUGCUCGCUUUUUACUUAGAAUUUCAGGUUCAAGUUGUGAUGCUCUUUUGCUCUGUCUCAGUUAUAACUAAAUGUAUUUGAUUCAAACUUGAAAUAGUUAAUCCACAUUAUUAUUCACAUGAUAUAACACAUGAUGCAUUACUCAUGCAGAAGUUUUCCAUGAAUUAUGUCCCUUUUAUACUCAUUUAAAGUUUUGAAACACUUUAUCUCUGUUAUUAUUUGAUACAUUUGACACAGACUUAUCAUUGUCUCUCUUAUUACUAAAUACAUUUGACACUGA